ACCACCGGGUCGCCCUCUCUCCGCCGCGCCGGUGGUACAUCGGUAACGCGUACGAAACGGGAAUCGCGGACGUGUCGGCGCGUUCCUCGUUCGCGCGAUCUCUUCCCGUCUUACAUCUCGCGAAGGGACUGAGUGUGCGCCACCCCAUCGAUAGAUCUUCCGCGGCUUCUUUCGCGCCUCACUCCUUCCCCCGGCGACGGGGAGAUCCAUCGAUGGAUCUUCAUCUCGCGAGGCGCGUUCGUGCCGAUCUUCCCUCGGCACCGACGUGCGUGCGUGACUGCGUGCGUGGAUGAAUGCGUGCGUGCGUGCGGGACGCGAGUCAUUGAUCGCGAUCGCGCAGGGACCGGUCGAGGCGGCCAACUUCGGCUCUUCUUCGUCGCGCUAUCUCCCGUCAUUCGGCGCCGCGAUCUACGCUCACGAUCGCCGGAAGUAGUUCCCGCGAACAAUUGAAGAAGAAAGACGAGGGAGAAAGACAGGUGGCGAUUCCGCGAUAUUUCACCGACCGAAAUGGCAGCUUACGCGGCGUCGCGGAGUUUCGUCUUACUUCGUUGCGUCGGGUAGAUGAUACGUCCAGUGGAUACGGACGGUGCAGGACGGACACCCGCGGCCAAAUUUCCUACGAGCUGGUUCGCCGAUGUCGAUUAGCGCAAACUGUGAUUGACCGAGAGGGUCGCUUGCACCGGCGUCGUCGCUCAGGGCCGACGACGGUUAAGUCAAUUUUCUCCUCGCUGUCCAUAUCGUAGAUUGAACUGUAAUCUACAAAGGGAUCGAGAGGCGAUCGCCGGCCGAGCCAGGCUACCAGCGAUCAAGGAAUGCAAUCGCUUCAUAAACACAGAGCAGCGAUGGUCAUCAACAUAUAAACAGUGCAUAGAUUGGAUCCUUGUGGGCCAUUUCUAAGCUCAGGUACGUGCACGAAAGGACUGACUGGUACAUCGUGCGAAAACAAAACGCUCGCAUCUGAAAGUCCAUGAAGACUCGGGGUAGAAAAUUGCGGAAAAUGGAGGUCGUGGUAAACUCUGAGAUAGACGUGGAAGUACGCGAGAGGAGUAGCGGACGUGCAUCGGCCAGGCGUUGACUCCACGUCCGUCGAAAGCGGAAGAGGAAAAGAAGAAAAAAAGAACUGGAGCUUCGGGGCCGCUAACGAGGGCGGACCAUGAUACAUUAUCUAACCAGAUGAUGAAUAGCGAGCAUUGAAGACGGGAAAUACGCUUUAGACACGAUGGAGGUCCACGUCAAUCAAGCGGUAAACGCAUCCGUGGAAGAUCCAGUCUUCAUCGACGCCUCGAUCGUCCUGAGAGCUCUCGUGCUCUUUCUCCUGAUCCUCGUCACUAUCUUAGGGAACCUGUUCGUGAUAAUGGCUAUCGUGUUAGAACGCAAUUUGCAGUCCGUGGCGAAUUACUUGAUCGUCAGUUUGGCCGUCGCAGAUCUUAUGGUCGCCUGCCUUGUAAUGCCUUUCGGAGCUCUUUAUGAGAUAAAGUCGGGAUGGUCACUCGGCCCGGUACUCUGCGACAUAUGGACCAGCAGCGACGUUCUAUGUUGCACAGCCUCGAUAUUGCAUCUGGUGGCUAUCGCGGUCGACAGAUAUUGGGCAGUCACCGAUAUCAAUUAUAUACAGGCGAGGAAUCCGAGAAGAAUCGGCAUCCUGAUCGGCACUGUGUGGGUAGUGUCCUUAGGAAUCUCAUUAGCGCCCCAGUUCGGAUGGAAGGAUCCUGAUUAUUUGGACCGCAUAACCGAAGGGACGUGUCUUAUAACGCAGGAUACUGCAUAUCAGAUCUUCGCGACUUGCGCGACGUUUUAUGUUCCGCUUUUCGUCAUCUUAAUCCUAUACUGGAGGAUAUUUCAAGCGGCGCGGAGCAGAAUCAGAAGGAGACCCGGCACCAUCCUUCAGCCUCCGCGUGAACGAAGGGGCAUCCUCAGGCUCGUCACGAGAAGGCCGCGGGAGGAGUCGACGGCGUUCACCAUAACGAGAUCUACGCCGGACCACUCCUCCAUAUCGCCGGAAAAGUCGUCGUCGUACAACGGGGCGAACGUGACCCCGUCGGCGACGGUGACUCCGACGGCGGUGUCCACGACAACGACCACGACGACGCUGACGAAUCCGACCAGCACCAGCCAACAACAGCAAGUGGUCUCGACGAAGCGCACCCGCGAGACGAUCGAGUCGAAGCGCGAGAGGAAGGCGGCGAAGACCCUGGCGAUCAUCACCGGCGCUUUCGUCGCCUGCUGGCUGCCCUUCUUCCUGGUGGCGCUGCUGCAGGCUGUAUGCCAGACCUGCAAGCCGCCCAAUCUUGUGUCCAGUGUGUUCCUGUGGCUCGGAUACUUCAACAGCACCCUCAACCCCGUGAUUUACACUGUGUUCUCACCGGAAUUCAGGCAGGCAUUCAAAAGGAUGCUGUGCGGUGGUACGCGGGGACUUCGCUGACAGUGGAUUUAAUUCCUUUGCCGUGCGGCAAAUAUGCUACGAGAUGCGUGAAACUUGAAAACGUACAUAUAUAUAUAUAUAUAUAAACGUAUGUACAUACAUAUAUAUAUAUAAACGUACAUACAUAUAUACAUAUAUGCCACGCACACACGCUCACUAUCAACAUUUUCUUCGACCUGCAUACUCGAGUCUGGAAGUUUCGAGCGGAUACGUGCGUAUCUAGAUGCGACGUCGAGACCAAUUAUCGACAUCUUUUUACAUUAGGUUUUGCUUUAACACUUUCUCGGAACAUCUUUACAGAAGUCCGACGGAUACCUUAUUUCUUAAUACAUUUAGCAAUCUCAUUUGACUGAAAGAUGAGAGAGAUAUAGAAUUAUAACUCUUCGUUGUUUCGACGAUAUACGAUAUUUUUAUUAAUUUCAAAAUGUAUUUUUCUCAACACAUCUUCGCAACCUAGAUCGAUUCUGUCAGCAUCUAGAUACGUCGGGCGCUAUCCAACGCGACACUGUUUCUUCCCUUUAUAGCUAUUCGCGAGAUAACCGAGCCGUGCAUCAUUACUUUCAUAGACACUUCUAACGAGUGAAAACUGACAGCUCAUUCCCGUAAGCGAUAGAUGAAGUUAACUGGAGUUUCUGUCGCGCGAUGGCCGCCGAGUAUACUCGGUGUUAACCGACGGUGGUGGAGAUGCGAUCCUGCGUAGAAUAUUUUUGUGAAAUGCUUCCUUUGAGCGCCGGAGUAUCAAACGAACGGCAGUGGCGUAACAUUACUCACGAUUCUGUUCGAACGAGCGUAAACGGAAAAGUGUGAGAAGACGAGUACCGAGAUCCACAAAUCUAAUUUGUCAGAAUGAAAGUCGAAGCGUAAACCGGUCGACGCAUCGUACAGACUGACGAGAGAAUUCGCUCAAAGAAUAUAUGUUUAAGGUAUGACUAUGGAUGUUUUUUUUUUUUUCAGUUACGAUGUAAAGAUAAAUAAGCGAAGAAGCAUACGAAUGGCCACGUGCCGCGGAUGUUUGACUCGCAAUCUGUUAUGCACUUACAAAAAUAAAAAGAAUGAACGGGAGGGGGGGAUGUAUCGGGAAUUGGAAAAUCGGGAAAGGUGAAGUCAAGAUAUAUAUAUCCGCUUGUAAAUUUACUUUUCGAAGAUCUUCUAACGCUUCAUUUGAAUGAAAAGAGACUUGGCUCUUUGGCGAGUACGAAUCGUUCAAAUAUUGAAAAUUGCGAAUUGGAUGUCUAAGGCACUUCGAUCGUACGUACGAUACACGCUUAACGCGUCUAAACAAAUCGAAGUCAGACAGUGAGAUAAAUCUCGCGUUUCGCCAUCCGAUGUAGGUUCUUCAAAGCAUACCCUGAGGGUAGUGAGAAAUCGCGAGGAGGCUUCCGGCAACAUGUAACUGCACGGUAUUGCGUAUUGCUGGCGAUAAUGCUUAGCGAUCGUAUACUUCCGAGCGAUAUCGUUAAAAUAGCUGUGUAUUAAAGCAAAACAACUUUUCAAUCUUGGCUCGUCUUCAAAAUACAUACGUAAUGACGUCUAAGUAUACGUUAAAGUUUACGUGGACGUGGAUGUGGAUAUUAACGAAAAACAUGACGGAGCGAAUACGUUACGAGUAACUGCGACAUAAUGGACUCUUCUUUCGAAUCCGUCGCGAUCUGUAUAAAACUCCCACUUCCAAGUAAACAAAAAAAAAGCGCAAGCUCACGAUCGACUCACGCUAGGUACACCUUACGCUUUAUAACUUGGUUCGAAGUUAAAAGUACGGAGAAUUUCCCAAGUGUUAACGGGUUCUCGCCUUAUGAAGAUUUGCUUACGCGACUUUUUUCACACGGAGUUUUUUAAUAAAGAUUAUAUAAAGUGUGUCUCCAAUGAGCGACAGAAUUGAGUAGAAAGGUUCGUGAUUUUCCGCGUAUGGAUAAGUGCGUGUUUGCUUUGUGUAUUUGUGUGUAUGUACAUGCGCAUGCGUGCGUGUGUGUGUGUGUGUGUGACGUGUGUAGCAUGUGAUUUUAAGAUUUAUUUUCACGAACGCGUGGAUAUCGCACGCAAAUAAUUGAUGUGAAAUGAUAAUACCGGUGCGUAGUAUAAACGACGAAGCGCGUGACGCUACGUCGCCAUGAAACGUCGCGAUUUAAGCUCAUAUCGUACAUAUAACUAGAAUCAAAAGAAUAAAGUGACCGGGCCUGCAGCCAAUCGUCGUCAUCUCGCGUAAAUUAUCUCUAUUUAAAGUGGAAAUACUACCUGGUACUCUCGAAGAUAUAAUUUUAGCCUUGCCAUUCAAUUCUGCGUCUUCUAGCGAACGUAAGCCUUCGAAUUUACGUAGUAACGUCCUGUAAUAUUACUGCGUAAUACAUACUGUAAUAUAUGAAUAUGUAAAAAAUAUGAUAAAAGAUAUGACGUUUAAUUUACAGAGCAACGACUGAUCGAGAUAUAUAUAAUAUAUAUAAAUAUAUAAAUAUAUAAAUAAAUAUCUAUGUUCGCGCGAGCGCACACGCGUAUUACUUAACGAAUAGGAAUUGAAAAGUGUGGCUCUUUUCGUUCGUGACGUCUAUACUUCCAAAACGCCGGACGCAAGUGCACGUGCAUUUCGUUUCAUUUCUACGUCUACUUACGAAGCCGCUGGGCUCUCGCUCUACUUAGAAGUAAGCAUAGCUCUAGAUUAAUCAUAAUAAUGUAUUAGGCUGAUUGUGAUAAACGGCGACAAUAGCUUCCUUUUUGUCAGAAAUGAUGAGACUCCAUCUGCCUCCCGUCUGAUCGCUUUUCGAACAAGAAGCAACAUAUCAUGUGCUUUAAGGAAUUAUAUCGAAAAGAUAUUUGCAAACUCGCACCGCAUAUUUUUUUUUUUCCUCGGUACGGUGAAAUAAUUUUCUCUAAUUGUUACCAUAUGCCAGGUAGAAUUCACGGGAAUGCAAAAUAAUAUCGUUCGAAAAAUUGGAAAGAAAGAUAAGCGAUAUGGUACGAUGGAAUUGCGCAACAUUCCUUGGCAAGUGUCAAUAUUAACGUAAGGAUCAGUUAAUUCGAUUUAAUUGACUCGCGGGUGAACUCUCGUCACUUCUGACGACAUUGUUGCUGAAAUAAUGACGGCAAUAUCGGAUACGCUUGCGCUAUCUAAUUAUGACAGUGGUCGUCGUUCUACUCAUACGACAUGACUAAUAAAAUAUAACAUUUUGUUCA